GUCACUCUAGCUCUACUUGCCACCUUCAAUGCCCGGCCUGCCCUGCUCUCCCCUCCCCUCACGUUAAUGCGGGCUGGGUUGGAUGAAGGCCAUUCAAGAACCCUCGCCUCCCCUGCAUGAGCUCCGUCAGCUGAGCAUGACCCCAUCAAUCAAAACCACCAGGCAGCAACAGCAGCAGCUACCAGCUCUCCCUCUCGAUCGCUCACUCGCCCCUUGCUCUUCCUGAGCUAGCCGCGUAUAAAUAGAGCGGUGUGGUGGCGCUGCCGUCGGCCAGCAUCAGCCAGCAGGCCACGAUCAUGACCACCGAGUUCCUCCGGGUGAAGAAGUUCCACCACCACCAGGAAACAACCGACAGCCCCCUGAGCCUGAGGAAGAGGAUGGAGCUGCAGCCGGAGCUGUCGCUCGCCCCGGCGGCGUGGCCGGCCUUCGCCCCCGCUCCGGCCACCAGGAGCUCGUCGUCCGAGUCCGACGGCACCUCCAGGAAGAAGAGGAAGCACCACGCCGCCGGCGCCGCCUGGGAGGAGCCCCAGCACCCGCCGGCGAGCCUGGAGCUGCAGCUCAACGACCCGCUGCCCCUCGACUGGGAGCAGUGCCUCGACCUCCAAUCGGGGCGGAUGUAUUACCUCGACAGGAAGACGCUGAGGAAGAGCUGGGUCAGGCCGCGGGAGCAGAGCGUGAACCUGGACCUCAACAUCUCCACGGCCGCCACCGUCGACACCGGCGCCGGCGUCGUCGCCGCUGCUCCCGACGAGGACGCCGAGCCGACCAAGAGGCCCGCCGGCGGCGCCGUGAGCUCCGGAGGCAACAACAUGGUGGCCGUGCCGUGCGCCAACUGCCACCUCCUCGUCAUGCUCUGCAAGUCCUUCCCCUCCUGCCCCAACUGCAAGUUCGUGCAGCCACUGGCGCCAGCCACCCCGCGCCCGGCGGCGGCGCACCAGAGGCUCGACGCCGCCAUCAAGCCGCUGGAGACCCUGAGCCUCCUCCACUAGGCGCAGCAGAUGGUCGUAGAAAGCAAAACCCUAGUAGAGUAGCACUGGUGUGCAUGGGUUAGUACCUGGGCAUGACUGGCUAAUAUAAGCUGCAUGCUAAUCAUGUUAAGCAUAAAACGAUGAGAUGCCAUGCCAGGUGCAAGUAAAAACCCAUGUAAAUGUGCCGAGCAGUCAGUCAAUUAAUAGUAAUGUCGACAGAUCGAUGUGGUAGCAGCUCGCUAGCAAGAGACUACACGCGUCAGUCACAGUCAGUACACACACUGUUAGCUAGCUUCUGCACGCACUGCUGCUGCAACAGCAAGCUUCAAUGAAACUGAGGCGGCAAUCAGACAGUGAAUGUGUCGUCCUUUUGCA